AUGGCUGCUCCAGUCCUCGAUAGCAGACUUAAGUUAGCAUCUGAGAAGAGGAUUACCUUUGGCGCCUUUCUCUACCGCCAAUUCUUCGUCACGCCUACUCUACCACGCGACGUUGACCUCAAAGGCAAAACCGCCAUCGUCACGGGAUCUAAUACUGGUAUCGGUCUCGAAUGUGCGCGUCAGCUCUUAGACCUAGGCUUGGGAAAGCUCAUCAUUGCCGUGAGGGACGAAAGGAAAGGCCAAGCUGCUCGCACACAAUUACUAUCUGGCCGUCGACUUGAAAAUAGCGCUAUUGAGGUAUGGAAGCUGGAUCUGGCAUCUUACGACUCGGUCGUCGCCUUUGCGGAACGUUCGAAGAGCCUAGAGCACCUCGAUAUUGUCGUUCUCAACGCUGCAGUCAUGAAAGUAGAACACCGAAUGGUCGAAUCUACCGGCCAUGAAGAGACGCUGCAGGUGAACGUUCUGUCAACUAUUCUACUGACUAUAUUACUGCUUCCCAUAUUCAAAGCCCAAAAGUCUUCUGAGCCGGGCCGUAUCGCAUGGGUCCAGUCGGACAUAACUUCCUGGGUCAAGUUCAAGGAGAAGGAUAGCACGCCUUUAUUUCCUGCCUUGGACAAGCCUGAGAAUUUCAACUUUCCAGACCGCUACAGCACUUCAAAACUGCUAGGAAUGCUCUUUGUCACGGAAUUGGCGAGGUUGGUUCCCUCUUCGGUUGCCAUCAUAACAAUGCCGUGCCCAGGAUUAUGUUAUGGUACAGGUCUAGGAUCUGUUCAUCAGAAAAAUAUCGGAGAGGUGAUUGGAAAGAUAGUGAAACGCAUUUUUGGGCGUACAAGUUCAAUUGGAGCUCGAGUAAUUACCGAUGGAGUCGUAAAUCACAGCUCUAAGGCCCAUGGGCAAUACAUUGAAGACUGCCCAAUACAGCCUCUGGUCCCAUUCGUUUAUACGGCUGAGGCAGAUCGUGUUACUAAAGUACUUUGGGAGGAGACCAUGGCCGAAUUGUCUUUUGCACACGUCCAGCGAAUUUUGAGUGACUUGGGCAACGUCGACAGUUGA